CAACACCACCUGCACCUCCACCAUCACCACCACCACUACUCGGAUCAGCUAUCAAUCACUCUCGCUCUGCCCGGUUAUGCCUGCGCCUGCGCCCAUAUAAAUCUCUUCAUCCCCGUGGGUCACUCCAAUUGCUACAUUGAUGAUGUGGGAAAUUCGGAUCUAAAGAUACCUUCAAAACCACUGCGGGCCUACUGCAAUCCUCCCUCCUUGCACAAUUCAACCACUGCCGUACGGACUUCUCCCUGCGACCAGAAGCUCCAGCAAGAUCAAACCACCAUUGGAAUAGGGAUGCGCCAGCGAAAGAAGGACUUUAAUGCACCCAUUCUCUGUCCUCACAUUUGCGAUCUUCGUAGCCGGUUACAUCACAGCCCGGUGGGAUCUGGUCACCCGACUUUAUGAGCUUGCAGUCUUUGCCUGGGACCACGGAGUCGUCGUAUGUUGGCAUCUCCCCUCCCCCCUGAAUUGCACCGAGACCAGUUGUACUAACAUCAAACUAGGCGCGUACGGCAAAGGGCUUUGCGAUCCUCUCGAUAUUCUUCUUCCUAUUCAUAAUCCCGGUGGAGAGACUGGCUUCUAGGGAAGCAGAUUUGGUAGGGCAACCCAAUCUCUCCCGGGCGCAUCUCAUCCAACUAAUAGCACAAUAGCACCCACGGUCUGCGAGCGCUGGUAUAUCUGCGCGGGAACAACUUCGACGUCGAGGCUCUUUUUAG